ACCUUUUUAUUUCCUGGUUAAAAAGGGUGGAUGAUUACACUUUCUUGUUUAUACGAUAAUAUAAUUCAGAUAUAUAUCACUAUGGCUAGUAAUACAAAUAUUUGCGGAAUAUGUUCACUUCGACAGAUAACGAAAACAUCUAAACACUUUUGCCCCGAUUGCGAAGAAGCCAUUUGUGACGAGUGCAAAGAGCAUCAUAAAGUACUUAAAGCCACCCGAAAUCACGAACCCAUACCAAUUUCCAAAUACAAGUCUCUUCCGUUAUUCAUAACUGAUAUACAACAGUCAUGUACCUACCACAACGAAACGUAUCUCCAAUACUGUGUUGAACAUGCAUUGCCUAUUUGUUUCAAAUGCAUUAAAGAUCAUCAGAAAUGCGCGGUCAUUCCACUUGAUGAAGUCACUCAUAAUGCCAAGACCUCCGAGCAGUUUCGGGAUUUAGAGACUAGACUGGUAGACUUAUUACAAAACAUUAAUAGAAUAAAGACGGAUCGAAAGGAUAAUGUAGCCAGUAUUGAACAAACGAAAAAACGAUAUGUUAAAUAUAUUCAUCAAAUUAGAAUAAAAAUAAACAAACAUUUAGGUCAACUUGAAAAUGAAAUUAUUAAAGAUCUUGACGAAAAGGAAUUUCUAUGCAAAGAGAAUAUUCAGAAGAUUUUACCAUCGGUCAAUGAAAAAGAAAGCAUGAUAACAGAAUGUCAGGUCAAUUUCCAAAGUCUCAAACAAGAUGCUACAAAUCUUCAAACAUUUAUUGGAAUCAGAGAAAUGGAAAGCGUGGUUUAUAAAAAUGAACAAUAUCUGCAGUCAUUGCUAUGGAACACAAUGUUUGGAACAAGUUGACCUUGUUUGUAAGGUAAACGAAGGGGUUAGUAGUAUUUUGAACAGUGUGAAGACUUUUGGAUCAAUUGAAAUAAAAACGCGACCAAUCAACAUUGGUUUUACCAGAGCUAAAGAUUCACAAGCCCAGUUGCAAGUUACACCGAGGAAAAGGCCCAUUUACGAUGUCAAUUUAACUUUACAUAAAAAUAUUACAACUGGUGGAAAGGUUGUAAGAGGUUGUUGCAUGUCGGUCAAUGAAGACUUUUUCUUCAUUGACCAUGUCAUUAAUCAAAUGAUGAACGUUAUUGCGUCCGAUGGUACGUUUAAAUAUAACAUGUCGCUUCAUCCUAGUUGUGGACUUGAUAUAACAUUUGUGGAUGAGAAAACUGUCGCCGUUACAUCUGGGGACUCAGAUACGAAGACCGGUAUCGAUAUCAUAGACAUACACAGACGAAGUAUAAUGAAAUUUAUCAAACUUCCUGGCCGUUCAUUUGGUAUUACACGUGAUGGCAACUCAUUGUUUGUCUGUGUCAUAGGUUUGGGUAUAUACAGCAUAGAUAUUGUGAAAUAUACCAUAUCUCGCGUGAUUAGUCGCCCUUUACCUGUAUUGUCAUACGUAUCUGUAUUAAACGAAAACAUUAUCUACACUGACAAUAAAAAUGACAGCGUUGUUUGUUGUGACCGUAAUGGAUCACAUGUUUGGACAUUUAAAGAAUGUUCAAUUUUGAAGUGUCCUAGAGGCAUAACUGAAGAUAAUGAUGGAAACGUGUACGUUGUUGGAGAAGAAUCGGCGAAUAUUGUCAUUAUAUCAAAAGAUGGAAAACACCACAAACAAAUUUUGACCAGCGUGGACGGUCUUUCGAAGCCAUCUGCUAUUUACUUUGAUAAACAGAACAGGAAACUUCUGGUUGCGAAUAAAACAAAAACGGCUUGCCUUUACUAUGUUGCGUAAAAUAACUGAAAUAAAAUGACUUACAUGAUAAGUUACUUUCAGUAUUCAUUGAUGAACACAAUAAUUAUCGUAGAUACACUUAACCCUCUAGAGGAUGUAAAAUAAAUUCAUUGCAAUGUGGCAAAGUCAUCGCUAAUUAAAAUUAAUGAAAUCAUGAUUUUUCAUGUAAUUAAACAGUUAUACUAGUAUA